AGCGUUCUCAAUCUGCGCCGCUUUCCGAAGACGGUCUUUCUAGGCACUCAAGUGAAGGGGGUGGGCCAACAUUCUUAUUCCCUUCAUACAUUUUGAUUCGCCGGUGCAUCCACCGAAGGUGAUAAGGCACUCAGUUCAACCCAGGGGACUUCGCCAUGGCUGUUCUUCAAAUCAAACCCGCCCAGCUACAGAGGCUGUUCUGCUAUGGUGGCGUGCGCACAAUGGCGGCGGCCGCCUCGCAAGCUAAGAAGCCCAACGUGGUGCUGGUGGAGGGCGUGCGCACCCCGUUUCUCAUGUCCGCCACCGAGUACAACAAGAUGAUGCCGCACGACCUGGCCCGCGAGGCUCUGCUCGGCCUGGUGCGUAAGGUGGACUGCGACCCGGCCGACAUCGACUACGUCACGCUCGGUACCGUCAUCCAGGAGGUGAAGACGAGCAACAUCGCGCGCGAGGCCAUGCUGGGCGCCGGCUUCUCGGAAAAGACGCCGGCGCACACCGUCACCAUGGCCUGCAUCUCGUCCAACGCGGCCAUCGCCACCUGCGUGGGCCUGAUCUCGGCCGGCGUGUACGACACGUGCGUGGCCGGCGGCGUGGAGUUCAUGUCGGACGUGCCGAUCCGGCACUCGCGCCAGAUGCGCUCCAUCAUGCUGCGCGCCAACCGCGCCAAGACGCUGGGCCAGCGGCUCGGCCUGCUCGCCUCCAUCCGGCCCUCAUUCUUCGCGCCAGAGCUGCCGGGCAUCGCCGAGUUCAGCACGGGCGAGGUGAUGGGGCAUUCGGCCGACCGGCUGGCGGCCGCCUUCUGCGUCAGCAAGGCCGAGCAGGACGAGUACGCGCUCCGCUCCCAUCAGCUGGCCCUGGACGCGCGCAAGAACGGCCUCCUCUGCGACGUCGUCCCCGUCAAAGUGCCGGGCAAGGACCAGAUGGUCUCGGAGGACAACGGCAUCAGGCUGACACCGCCGGCCAAGAUGGCCGCCAUGAAGCCGGCGUUCGUCAAGCCGCACGGCACGGUGACGGCGGCAAACUCGUCCUUCCUGACUGACGGCGCCUCGGCCUGCCUCAUCACCACCGAGGAGAAGGCCAAGGAGAUGGGCUGGAAGCCCAAGGCGUACCUGCGCGAGCUGACGUUCGUGUCGCAGGACCCCAAGGACCAGCUGCUGCUGGGGCCGACGUACGCCACGCCCCGCGUGCUGGAGAAGGCCGGCCUCAAGGCGCAGGACAUCGACGUCUGGGAGUUCCACGAGGCCUUCGCCGGUCAGAUCCUGGCCAACAUGAAGGCCAUGGACUCGGACUACUUCGCCAAGAACCAGAUGGGCCGCUCGGCCAAGGUGGGCGCACCGCCGAUGGACAAGUUCAACAAGUGGGGCGGCUCGCUCAGCAUCGGCCACCCGUUCGGCGCCACAGGUGUCCGGCUGGCAAUGCACGCCGCUCACCGGCUCAUCAAGGAGGACGGCAAGUACGCGCUCAUCGCCGCCUGCGCCGCCGGAGGACAGGGCGUGGGCAUGAUCGUGGAGCGCUACCCCGGAGCCGCCAUGUGAGACGCCGCCCCGGCCGGCCGCCUCUGUUACAAUGCAAGUCGCCUCUCCGGAGGCGGCCAGGUGACGCGUCUCCGGGAAGGUGGCGCGGUGUGAAUGCGUGGGAUGCGGGCGAUAUCUGAUUAUUUUAUCAAUAUAGUGCGGAAUUGGUAAGCGUGAUUCGCAGCGUGUGAACGGGCACCGUACUGGACGUGGCGUGCGUAUAGCCGUUCGUAAUGAAUUGCCAGCGAUUACAGGAACAUAAACAGAUGGUGGCGAUUGUGAUGCCGCCCAAGUACGGGCCUCGUGUUGAAUUGUCAUUCGCCGAACCAGCCGGACGCUGUGUAUAUGUUAGCAGCAUCCGUAAGCCGCACCUGAUGUUUGCGCCGGGCGCGGCGGGGUAGCCACAGACCAGAUAUGUGAUGACGUGCGGUCUGCCGAUGUGAAUACAGAGACCGAGCCCGUG